AUGUGGGUUUUUGAAGGACCGGAAAAGUGUGGUUUUGCGUUUAAUACGAAGAACUAUAUGUCUUAAUAUUAGUGAUAAUAUUUACCAUAUUUCUACUCAAAAAACGAACGAAACAACAGGACAGGCUCACGAAAAUUGUGAGUAACUGACUUACCAUUUAUAAUCAUACAGUAUAAUCUUACACUUUAUCAAGUAAUUGUAAACGUAUUUUUGUUAUAGUUGACUUCUUCGUCUUUGUCACUUUGUGUCGUAUAUUUGACACAUCGAUAAUCCCCGAGCCGGCGGCGCGAAGCGCCGUGCGAGGGUACUAAUCCCCCCCGGCUAUUUACACCCGGCGAAACGAAAGCAUUAGCGAAGUCUAAAGUUCAUCAAUGAGCGCGGGCGUCGGUCACCAACGAUGGGUGGUCAUCCUCACUGAUCUCAAAAAUAUGGCGGACUGUCAUGAAUAACGGACACUGAUUGGUCCAAUUUAAAGUUUGCAUUAUAACGACUGCAUGACGACAGCGAAAUAGCAAACAUUUUUUGAUUUGAUGAGUUGAUGAUUGAUAAAUUUCUUGCAAAUAUUCUUCAUUUUUGCUCGUAUUUCUGCAAGAUUUUGUAAAUUUCAAGAAAGAAAGGGCGAAAGAAUCAGCUAAAAGAAGGGGGCCGACCUUAACGAAGGUAAGUUUGUUUUAAAUAUUGAUUUUAUAAUGGCUUUAAAACCCGACGGCCUUUGCGUAUAUGAAACAACUAAACAAGACAGCAUAUAAUUUCAGUGUAUCUUUAAUAUUGAUUCCCUUUUUUAUUAUAUUGAAAGCAAAGUUAUUUGCAAGCGAGAAUUUGAAAUCAUUUUAUUGCAAACUCAAAGUUUAUCGAUAAAGCCAUUUAAUAGUUAAAGGCAGUUUAGUUUUAUAAAGAACACUUUAAAACGUUUUGUGAAUUGUUUGUGGUUGAAUUUUACCUUAAAUUGAAGCUUGUAUUACGUAUAAUUACAUACCUAACAUAUAUAUGUUGGGAAAUUGAUAAUUUUGUAAUUAAAAGUGAUAUUUUUAAGCGAUUUUCAUUUGUAAGAAUAUUCUUAAAAAAUUAUCGUGUUACCAUGACAACUACUUUAGAUACUUCAUGUUCGGAAAAUAUUGAAAUACAACGGUUUUGUCAGCAUGGCGAGGGUGUCUGCAUGCAUGUAUUUUCUAGUAUAUAAGAUAUAAAGUACAAAAACAAGUGUGGCCUACGUUCUUUGGGAAGUCCAAGUGAAGUAGCACUUCGAAACGAGAGUGCGAAACAGUCAAAAUUUUCGUCAACUAAAGUGGACUUGCCAGCUUGCAAAAAUCGGGGAGAAACUUUGGCGACAAACAAAGCUUUCAAGACAACCGACAGCAAAUAUACAGCGACAGACCGUCCUUUGAAUGAUCCUGAAGAGCAAGAGUUGUUAAAAGUCGAGGAAACGUAAAAAAUCCUUUACUUUGUGUACUUUGUUUACGAAAAAGUGGGAAAAUACAAAAUAUUUGAAAUAAAAUAGAUGCCCCGAGCGUGGACUGUGUGUAAACACGAAAACGAGGCUCAUUAAAUAUACAAAAAAACUGAAUAUUAAAUCACAUCGCUCAAAUUGCCACCUAAAACUGCUAAUUUGAAUACUCUUAUUGGAAAAAGGGACAAUGCUAUUCAAACUAUAAAGGAAUUAUUUGAGGAAUUUGAAGAAGUUUUUAGUAUAGACCCUCAAUUAGAAAGAUUGGAAAAUACAUUUAAAAUAAUUGAAGCGAAAUAUAGAAAUAUUAAGAAGCAGCAAGAAUUAAAAACUGACAAAAUUGUAGAAGAUGGUGGGAGUGAAGAGGAUCAAUUGUUAUCGGCUAAUCAAAAAGUUGGUAAAAGUUUGAAAGAUAAUUAUUUAAAAGUUGCUAAAGCAUAUGCUGCUUAUCAAAAGAAGCUAAGCCAACCUUCACCCCCUACAGUUAACCCUGAUUUAUUAGAGGCAAUGACAUCUGCAGUAACGAAAAUGGCUGAAGUUAUGCAAGGUUCAAAACCAAGUGCAAGUGGUCUUGAGAAGUUACCAGUACCAACCUGGGAUGGUAGUCGUAGAUCAUAUUCAACAUGGAAGAAAGAAUUCAAUCAUUGGAUGAAUAAAUGCUCUCAAGACAAGGAUGAACAACUCCAACGCUUCAGAAAAGCUAUGCCAAAAAACUUUUGGUGGACAGACCAAUCUAAGACUUGCAAGUCUAUUGAUCGUGCAUGGGAAAUCCUUGAUAUUGAGUUUGCAGAUAAACGAAAGAUGAUGGACGAGCUAUUGGCACGAAUUAACAACCAGAAAUCAGUGAAAGGCGAUUCUAAAUCACUUACACGAUAUGCAACGCAAAUAGCAGGCUAUGUCAACGACAUGGAAGAUAAUGAUUGCUCUGUGACUUCAUCGUCUGAAGCCCCAUUCUUUAUGUCUCAACUUCUAUCAAAACUUGAUCCAAGGGAUAAUGCAGAAUUUGGUAGAGAGAUGAAAAGAAAUAAAAAGCAAGAAAAUGUUUCAAACCUUGUUCAGUGGCUACAUGAUGAAGCAAGUCUUAGAUCAAGAGGAAAGUUUAAUCCCGAAAGCGGCAAUGAGGAACGAAGCCACCAACGAGGAAUUUACAACAGAAGAACUGACAACCAUUCAAGGGACUUUGAUGUGUCUAAGGAUGGCCCAUGUCCAUUUGGUUGCGAAGCGAAACACUGGCUAGCUGCAUGUCCUCACUAUCAAUCCUCAACCGUUGAUCAAAGAUGGGAGAUUGUCAAGCAAAAUCAGAGAUGCAGGAAAUGCCUUCGACCUCAUCAUACCAGAGAUUGUAAAAAAGUUGAUUGCACCACCUGCGACAAAUGCAAGGAAAACCAUCAUCGAUCCCUCCACAAUGACAUGAAAGGUCCGAAGACUCCAAACCUAGAUCCCAAUGCGGCCUCAUUCCAAGAUCCAAACCAUAACGCCGUCAAUAACAAUGCCGUUAAACAGAAGUGUGACAUCAAAACAGUAGCGGGACUGCUUCCAAUUCAAAAGGUCAAAGUCGAGAAUUCAGAAGGCGAGUUUAUCGAAAUACUUGCCAUGUUAGACUCUGGUUCCAAUACUAGCCUCCUCUCCAAAGCAGCAGCAAAGAAAUUAGAAUUGAGUGGACCACAAAUGCACUUAACCAUGAAUCUCGCUGGAGGAAGUAAAAGAUCUGAAACGUCAGAAAUCAUCGGAAUAACCCUGAUGUCUCCUGUUGAGGAACAUGUUAAAAAAAAUAUUUUGGUACAUACUGUCAGCAAACCUUGUAGCAGUGCAAAAACAAUAUCAAAGAGUUCCUUAGAGAAAUACAGACAUCUCAAGCCAAUAGUAGAAAAACUUCAUUUAUCUGGCGGAAGCGUUGAUUUACUGCUUGGAACUGAUUUUACAGAUGGAUUUGUCGAUGUUCAUGUAAUAUCAGGUGAAACCAGUGAACCUAUAGGAAAGAUGAACUGUUUUGGCUGGUAUGUCCUAGGUCAGCUUGCUCCCCACGAAUAG